AUGUCGGUUUUCAAACAUUUGGUGGAGCAGAAGAAAUGUCUGUUUUCAAACAUUUGGUUCAAGGCCACCAAGACGCCCAACACUGCCCUGGCGGCAGCACGAAGCAUCUCACAAGACAGCAUCUUCUCGCCCAGUGAUCGUGCCGAGAUCAGCAGGUUCCCCAAACCUGCGCUAUCAGAGGACAGCAUACCGCAGUCGGCGUUUCAGAGCGAACUGUUGUCUAAGCUGAGCAAGAGGAGAUCACUCUACUCUGACGAUGAUCGUGACGAAGGAUUACCCCGCAGUCCCGUGCCUCCGGUCACCACUGCUGACGUCAUUAUGGGUGGUCCACUAAAGUCUGGGCCGUCAGACAAGAAGUCCAGUAACAGAGACUCGGACCAGAGUUUGAUCAGUGUGGACGGCUCAGAGAACGAGGAGGAUUUAUUUCAAACCAAUUGGAAGAAGUCUGUCCCCGCGAAAAUAUCUGGGAGUGAGCAGAAAAAAGGGAAGAAAUCUGAAGCAGCUGGCAUGGAUCAACUGGAUUUUAGCAGCAUCCAGAAGACAGAGGUCCUGGAUAAUGCCGGAGCCAAGGACCGGAUUUCUUUGAAGCCCAAGACACGGAAGGCGAGUAGGCAGUCACGGAAAAACAGAGACGUCAGCACGACGCAGUCCCUACCUAGCCUGAACGAAGAGUCACCUACAAGAACAAUCUCUGAGAUCAACUACCCACAAGAAGUUCCUCUAACCCCAGGUAGCCAGAAGGUAGCCUUGACCCCAACAGAAGACACGCCUGCUCCUGCUGUAGUUGCAGAGGUCAAGGCCACAAACAUUGGGAAGCUAAACUUAGCCUCUAUCAACACCAGUUCCAAGGGAGACAAAACUACAGUUACCUCCCCUACUUCAUCAACCAACGGCUCUAAAGUCUCCACCCCCACAUCGCCAACCGCUAAAUCAGGGCCAACACCGGGGCCGAAGUUUGCUGGCUCCACCAUCAUCACCACCCACGGCCAGUCUAGUCCUGUCAGAACUGAGAGUCCAGUCGUCCAGGAGAAGCCUUUUGUUGACCCCAGUUUCAACAAUAAAUAUCUGGAUGUAACGUCGCUUCAGAAAGAUAAAGGGGAAGAUAAGCCAGUCAAAGAAAUUCACGCUCCGCAGUUUGAAGAAAACAUGACCAUGAGUAAGAGCCCCUCUCUUGAGGCAUCGUUAAAAGUCUCGGACCCUGACUCCAAUGUCACCAUGUCUCCUAAAGAGGACUAUAAGCAAAGGCGUCAAGGUCGCAGCAAGACCCUGCCCGUGAACACGGAGGACCAGGUCUCACCCCGCGUCCAGCGUGCCAACUCCCACAGAGUCCAGUCAUCAAACUCUCCGGAACAUUCCGUUUCCCCGCCCCUCUCCCUACCAGUGGAUAAAACUCUCCCUGCAGUAAAAAAACUGGAUAACACAAAAUUCGGAUCUCUUGACUCCACUGCGGAUCUCAUGUGGCUUGAGAGAGUCCGCAAGAAACAGGAAGAAGAAAAUAGCCGGUCUGCUUCGUUUGAUUCCCCAGUCACAACCAGCAAGCCUGCAGCGAACUUAAACGCACCCAAAUCUGUGUUUUCCUCGGCCAGUUAUCUUGAAAAGAAACGCGGAAGUAUUGAAACUAUUUCUGUUAAAACUCGUGACGGGGCGGAAAGUGUAAAAAAACAAGACAGCUUGAGUUCUGACACUAAAACAAAUCAGCCAAGCUCUGAUACUGUUUUGGCGCGUAAAGAGAGUUUUGAUAUUGAGCUCACUGAUGUUUCAGUAAAACCAACCAAAAGCUCCUUCUCCGCAAACAGAGUUGACUAUGUGAAGCCUGUUGGCCAGAAAGACGUCAAGGUGUCCGUGCCUUCGGUAGACAGAGCUAAACUGUUGUACGGUUCUCAGUCGAUGGCUUCCCUCAACACGGUGAAACCAUCUCCCAACAUGCAUCAGGAGCCGGGGGUGGAGGAGACCCCCAAACCAUCUGGCAUCAGCCAUUUCAAAAGUGGCAGCAUCAAAUCAUCGCCCGUCAAGACAGCGGAUAGUAGUGCCACAGGACCCAGCAAGGCACCGUUGUCUGUCACUUCCUCUAUGGGUUUCAAGAUGUCGUCAGCGUCAUCCGGUUCCAACAAACUGAACAAAGCCGACAUGGGCUGGAUAAAGGAUAACCACGGACAAUCCUCAGAUCCAGCUGUGACCACUGCCCCCCACUCUGCUUCACCUGCUGCCACAGCCGCGGUAACCUCGACCACUGCCAGCAAACCUCUCCCUAGUACCCACCCUACCCCCUUUGCUUUUACUCCUAAACCUAUUAGCAGUGUCAUCCCACCCGCUUCGAAACCUGCAAACUCCCCCACCUCCCCACCCACUGUUGCUUUUGGUGUCAAACCCUCUAGUUUUAAAGCUUUGUCCUCUGAUACGGCAAAUGUUUCAUCUACCUUAUCAUCAUCCUCAUCAUCCUCUGUAGUCACCCCUUCAUCGUCCUCAACCCAAACAUCAUCUGUACCAUCAUCUACCCCCUCAUCAACAUCUAGCACAUCAAUAUCCCAAUCUCGUCCUAGCUCCACACGUACCCCCUCCACUUUCACAUCCUCAUCUAUAUCCAAACCCCAAGUUUCGAACUCUAACCCUUCCGUCUCCUCUCGUUCAACCACCAUCACAACCUCUCCCUCCUUUAAGUCAACUGCCAAACCGGCACAGGAUGAAAAGAAACCGGUUUUGGACGUGAAGAAACCGGUUUUGGAGGAGAAGAAGUCUGAAAGUGCUGUGCCAGCCUGGCGGUCAAGCAUCCCCAAACCUGAAGUGCCCAAGGCUGAGGUCAAGAUAGAAAUCAUUGAAAAAUCUUCCCAGAGUAACGCAGAUCUUCUCAGGAAGACUGCGGACAAGACCAAUCUAUCUGUUAAGAAAAAUGACUCGUCAUCAUCCACCAUGGGCUCCAAGUUAUCCUCAGAAAGCUCAUCCAACAGAAGUUCCAGAGUCUUGGACAUGGUCAAAAACUUCCAGAGCCAUCAAGUCUCCACCUGAACCAGAUGUCCACUGGGAGAACAAAAUGUCAUCAAGUGCUCACCUAUUCCAGAAUUUUCCUGGCGUUAGAAAAAUCUUAUGGCUGAUAAGCACAUUCCAGUGUUACAAAAUAUUUUAGUUUCAGGACCACAAAAAUAUAUUUUGGACCAUAAAUAGUUGGACCACAAUUAUAUGGACCAAAAAUAUUUGGACCACAAUCAUUUGGUCCGUAAAUAUUUGUACCAUAAUUUUUAAUCAGUUUUUAAAAAAUGAAAUAAAUAUUUUUUCAUUUAUGUUAUCAUGUAACUGAAUGGGCAUAUUUUGUGAUACCUGAUGAGAAUUGUGAAUGUUUAUGUGAACAUUUAUCACUGACACACAUUCACGAAAUUACUGAAAUUCAUAACUGAAAAUUGUUUCAGUUGAACUAACUAUGCUGUUGAAUUAGAACAAAAUGGUCAUUACAGAUUGAUUUCUUUUAACCCGCUCAUUAAUUUUAAUUGUACCCCAUCUAGGAAUUUAAUGUGGAAAAAAAAAUGUUGAAUUGUUAGGGAGAAAUUGUGAUUUCUGCUUCAAGCUGAUAGCCUACCUGGCAAAACCGUGGCAUUUAAAUCAACAUGCAAUUGCUUCAAAGUCUAGCCAGAGUGACUAUUUCACAUUAAAACCCAUUAUAAUAGAAAGCCACAAAUCUUGCCUGUUUCGGAGUAGAUUAAAUGAGGUCGAAGUUAGACCAAGACAAUUAUUGUAAACAGAAAAUAUAUUUGUAAUAUUAUUGGAGUUUUCAUGCUUUGCUAUACUUUCAGUGCUUAAAACAAAACAUUCCAAUUUUAUUUUUUUAUUUGUCUAUAUGUAAAAAAACAGUUUUAACAAAUGUAUAAGCAGAAAUUAUAAACCGCUAUUAUUAGCACAAUACUCAGCUUUGAACAGCUGCAAUGCUUGACAAGAAAUAUUUUUUGAAAAUUUAUUCUUAACUUGUAAAAUAUUUUACUAUGUGGAUUGUUCAGUUUUCAAACA